UGUGUGAAAGGUUUCCGUUGGCUAAGCAUCCAAUCAACAGAUUUUGAUGACGACGACACUCGUACAAUAUUACAUUCUACAUCAUGUCGGUCCAUUUUCUGUUUUUCGGAGGUGAAAUCUUUACAUUUGAAAAGUUUUAAUCUAUUGAGAGUAUUGUACUUUAGUGAUGCUAGCAUGUGCAAGAAGAUUGUGGAUCUCGUCCAUUUGAGAUACUUACCUGAGGUAGUUAGAGAUUUUAGAAUCAUAAAACUAUUGAAGGCUUGGAAUCUUCAAACACUUGAUGUUUAUGCGGAUGAUGGAAGGAACAAGUUGAAGAAGUUUCAACAGCAACAGGAUUCUCAAAGUCCUUCCAAACUGGCGUUGAAGCCUUGUGAUUGCACAAUAGAAUUCUUUCUAAGAAGUCCGGACCUUAAGGAGGUGGUAAUUACAGGUGAAAGAAGCUCUUGCAAUGAGUGCAUUGACACCCUUGUGUUUUUACCGCAGCUUAGGGGACUGUAUAUUAAUGGCAAUGUAUGGGAUUAUAGGACUCCUCAAAUGAUUUCAAUUAAUAACCAAAUUGGUCGGUUGGAAGGCCUUGUGGAGUUGUCAUUUCAGAAUAUGAAUUUUGAGUGGAAAGGAAUUGAUGUUCUUUGCCAGUUGCCUAGACUAAAGGUGCUCAGGUUAUUAUUUUCCAGCAUAGGCAAGGAGUGGGAAUUAGAAGAGGAGGAUUCAUUCCAAAGCUUAAUUUAUUUUGAAAUAUUUUCAACUGAUCUCAAGCAUUGGAAAAGUAGUAAUUGCCAUUUCCGGCGUCUUGAGCGCCUAGUCCUUGGCAAUUGCUUUCAGUUGAGAGAGAUCCCAGACAGCUUUGGAUGGAUUCCAAACUUGAAGUCAAUCGAAUUAACACGAUGCCUUCCUUCUGCGGUGGAUUCAGCGAAGAGAGUGCGGGAAGAUCAGCUUGACUUUGGAAACCAUAAUCUGGUUGUGAUUGAGAAGGAAACAAUAGAGCUUAGUUCUGAUGGAGAUGAGAGCAAUGAAGAUGGUGCAGAGGAGAGGUAGAGCAAAGAAGACGCUAAAGCUGCAGCUUAUUAAUUAAUAGCUAGCAAUACUGACGGCCUGUAUGUUCGUCAACAAAUUAAAUUAAAGACCCAAACUCCAAUAAAACAAAAAGGUAAUGCUAUUUCUUUAAUAUUAGGAUUAU